CUCUUUCAAACAUUUCUCUCUCUUAAUCUCUCUCUCUCUCUUCUCUAUCUCCUUAGUCAGUAUCUAAAGGCAUGGGAUGCAAGAGCAGCAGUUUACGACGGAAACCGGAUUCCUGGUUCGAUCGGACCAGACACAAAGUCGUUUCAUCUCUCCUUUGUGGCGCUUCAACUUCAAAAUCAUCGGCUGAGGUGGAAGAAUGUAAUCCAGCAAAAUCCUCAAUUACUUCAUUAGAAAACCUAGCUCCUAUUAGUGAUAUAUCAAGGACUUCCAUCUCCGAAUCAUCUUCUGCUUUUGGUGCUGAAUCUAGGUUUACUUCUUCUGAAACUGAAGUUGUAAUUUCCACUGAAGAAUUAUCGGAUCCGUUAAAUACUGUUGAUAACGCCACAGCAAAUAGAACUACUGAUCAGGAAACGCCUCAUGAGGAUAACACUAGUAGAUCUGAGGUAAAUGUUGAUGAUGCAUCUUUUCUAUUGGGAACUUACACUGCUCGAUUGGACAGAGCUGCGUCUAGGCUUCGUUCUGCAGGUCGUAGCGAAAGGGAUUCGUCUACAAGAGGACUGCAUCUUGAUUUGGUGAGUAUAUCGUCCAACAGUUUACCUAGUAACAAUGAUGAGAUAAAUAACCGCGAGACAAGAAGGAACAGUAGAAGACAAUUCUGGGAUGCUUUGUCUUCAAGACGCGGUUUUAGGAGGAACGAUGAUUCUUCUUCCUCCACCUUAGUUUUCAUGACUGGCAGUAAUACUGAUGAUCUAGGAUCUCGUGACAGAUGGCUGCUUGAUUUUAACGGUGAUCUUCAUUAUGAUGGUCGUCCUCGUGAUCAUGUCUAUUCGGGUGCUAAUGGUCGUCGGUGGAGCGAGCGUCGUCGCCAAGCACGAUCCGCGAUCUUAGAAAGAAUCAACCAUGGCCUUAACGAAGAGGGGAAUCAGCAACAAGCUACCUUCUGUGCAUCCGGGCUCCAUCCAAACGGUACAUGCUCAUGUGAUUCACUUGCCCCAAGUGAAGAAUCCGGAACACUAGCAAGUAUUUCAUGGAUAGUCAUGCUGGCAGAAGCACUGUUUGAGGUUCUGGAUGAGGUUCACAACCAACCUUUUUCACUUUCAUUAGCAUCACUUCCAGCUCCAGAAUCCAUUGUCAACUCAUUUCCAAUCAAGAGCCACCAAAAGUUGGUAACGGCUGAUGGCAUACUUAGCAACGAAGAACAGUGUCACAUUUGCUUAGACGAAUAUGAAGAAGGCGAGAAAAUUAGAGUUCUUCCCUGCCGUCAUGAAUACCAUAUGGUUUGCGUCGACAAAUGGCUCAAAGAAGUCCAUGGCGUAUGCCCUCUUUGCAGGAGCAAUGUGUGCGAGGGUUCGGCUUCAUCCAACACAGAGAUUGAAACUCGAUGAUUUCUCAAUGAUUUCUCGGAAGGGUUUGUAAAUAAUAUGUUUAUAAAAUAGAAGAAACUCGAGGAAAUAAAAAGAAAGAAACAAACAAAGGGGAUCGCAAUGUUGUUAGUAUAUAAAGUUGUAAUAUUACAGCUUUUGCUCGAUUCACAAGCUCACUCUCUAUGCACAUCUCGUGUUGUAUCAUCGUAUUUUGAAGUAUAAAUUUCUUUGUUAUAAACAUAUAUAUGGAAGUUAUUGUAUUUAGUGAAUUUUUUAAUCAGAAAUCUGUCAUCUUAUUUUGAUUUGGUAUAAAUAUGUCUAAU